CAGCGGGCGGCGGGAGGCUGUAGUUGGGCGUGCACAGCUGCAGCGGCGGUUGAGGUAAAGUAGUAGCGUUGGGCUGCGGCAGCGGAGGAGCUCAGCAUGCGCGAGUGUAUCUCUAUCCACGUGGGGCAGGCUGGUGUCCAGAUCGGCAAUGCCUGCUGGGAACUGUACUGCCUUGAACAUGGAAUUCAGCCUGAUGGUCAGAUGCCAAGUGAUAAAACCAUUGGUGGCGGGGACGACUCCUUCAACACGUUCUUCAGUGAGACUGGGGCUGGCAAGCACGUGCCCAGAGCAGUGUUUGUGGACCUGGAGCCCACUGUGGUCGAUGAAGUGCGCACAGGAACCUACAGGCAGCUCUUCCACCCAGAGCAGCUGAUCACCGGGAAGGAAGAUGCGGCCAAUAAUUACGCCAGAGGCCAUUACACCAUCGGCAAGGAGAUCGUUGACCUGGUCCUGGACCGGAUCCGCAAACUGGCGGAUCUGUGCACAGGACUACAGGGCUUCCUCAUCUUCCACAGCUUUGGGGGCGGCACUGGCUCUGGGUUCGCAUCUCUGCUCAUGGAGCGGCUCUCAGUGGAUUACGGCAAGAAGUCCAAGCUAGAGUUUGCCAUUUACCCAGCCCCCCAGGUCUCCACGGCCGUGGUGGAGCCCUACAACUCCAUCCUGACCACCCACACGACCCUGGAACAUUCUGACUGUGCCUUCAUGGUUGACAAUGAAGCCAUUUAUGACAUAUGUCGGCGCAACCUGGACAUCGAGCGUCCCACGUACACCAACCUCAAUCGCCUGAUUGGGCAGAUCGUGUCCUCCAUCACGGCGUCCCUGAGAUUCGACGGGGCCCUGAAUGUGGACUUGACGGAAUUCCAGACCAACCUAGUACCAUACCCCCGCAUCCACUUCCCCCUGGCCACCUACGCCCCAGUCAUCUCAGCCGAGAAGGCCUACCACGAGCAGCUGUCCGUGGCUGAGAUCACCAAUGCCUGCUUCGAGCCAGCCAAUCAGAUGGUCAAGUGUGACCCUCGCCAUGGCAAGUACAUGGCCUGCUGCAUGUUGUACAGGGGGGAUGUGGUCCCAAAAGAUGUCAACGCGGCCAUCGCCACCAUCAAGACCAAGCGCACCAUUCAGUUUGUGGAUUGGUGCCCGACUGGAUUUAAGGUGGGCAUUAACUACCAGCCCCCCACAGUGGUCCCUGGGGGAGACCUGGCCAAGGUGCAGCGGGCCGUGUGCAUGCUGAGCAACACCACGGCCAUCGCGGAGGCCUGGGCCCGCCUGGACCAUAAGUUCGAUCUCAUGUAUGCCAAGCGGGCCUUUGUGCACUGGUACGUGGGAGAAGGCAUGGAGGAGGGGGAGUUCUCCGAGGCCCGCGAGGACCUGGCAGCUCUGGAGAAGGAUUAUGAAGAGGUGGGCGUGGAUUCCGUGGAAGCUGAGGCUGAAGAAGGUGAAGAAUACUGAGGGGAGGGUGUGGUGGGUUCUCCACUGCCACCCCCAGUAUGGCUGCUUUCAAGUUCUCUGCAAUUAAAGGUUCUGUAUAAAACCAA